GGAGUUAUUUUCUCUGGAGUGGUUGUGGAGCCCUCGGCUCCUCCUCGGAACAGGCCGCCAAGAGGGGCAGAAGGGGUCGAGUCGGCCGCAGGGGCUUCUGGGGCUUGUGGUCUCCGGGACCUGCUCCCUCACUUCCCCCACGAGUGGAGGGCCCUGGACGCUGGCCAGCGUUUCCCCGCUGGCUCUGGUGACCACCUGCGGGGCAGCACGUGGAACCCCGCCCCUGGGGAUGGCGCAGAGCGCCUGCUCCAGGGCUCCCGUGCCCGCUUGAGGGCGCCCUCCCCCGCUACAGGAACCCAGAAGGUAGGCGGGGCGGGCCCUGCACAGCUUUCCAGGACGCCCUCCCGCCGCGCGAGGCCUGGCUUUCUGUGCCUGUGGACCACUCGUCCCUUUCACGUGCCCUGGGUUUGGACCUGAGCUCGCAAUAUUCGCAGGGACAAAAGCCAGGAUGGAUGUUCAAAAAUGGUAUUUGAGAACUUCAAAGCUGGCUCUGGCCUUGGCAAUUAUCCGCUCAAAACCAGCAGACAAAAGCAGCAGAGAAUACACAGAGCACCUUGCUAUGUUGCUGUCUGAGGAGGAGUCAAAAUGGAGAUCAAAAAUUGAAGUCUUGGAAGCUGAAGUUAUGCAAUUACGUCAAAAACUUCUUGUGAGCAGGCUUUGUUCAGGAUCCUUUAAGAGUGGAUAUGUUUCCUCCCAGUUGGAGGCUCAGGAACCUAAGAGUUCUGAAAGUACAUUAACUUCGAUGGAAGAUUCUGGAUGUGAUUUGUCAAAUGAGCAGAGAACUGAAUCCUCAGACCUGUCCCAGCACUUUGUGGAAAGCUGUACCCCCACUCACUUUCCACCACUGCCUCUUGUGAAAAGACCUUGUGCUAUCCUGCAAAAUCCUUUGUCUUCUCACAUGCAAUUCUUGCAAUAUCUACUUGAAUUAAAGAACUUGACAGAAUCAGGUAAUCUUAAAAGAGACUUAACCCACUUUGAAAAAGACUCUUCCACAGUCUCUGAUUCUGUUUUUCAAUUGCUGGAUGGCCUGAUCACUUUUUACCGUAAUCCCAAACUUCCUUUUUCAAGAUUUUGGACAGAAGCUGUUGGUACUUUAGCUAGUCUGAUCAGUGACUAUAACUUAUCUAGUCAUAUUCUUAAAAAGUGUUCCAAGAAGUUGGAAGAAUUUGAGAAAACCCUACUACAUGCUAUUUUAGGAAAUAAUCAUAUAAAUCAGUUUCAGGUGCAGCAUUAUGCCUCUCAGAGUCUGGUAACCCUGGGUAGUUGCAGCUUGUUGAGAAAAUCUAUUAUAUCUCUGCUUCUAUCAGAAGUAAAUGGCUUUGCCGAUGAUCUGGGAGCCAUCAAUCAGGAGCAAGCCAGUUAUGACGUGUCACGCUAUGAAAACAUUUUCUACCUGUUCUGGGUUCUGGAGCAGCUUCUUCAAAAGGAAACCGAAGGCGGCAACACUUCAAGUAUAGGUCAUGAUGACCAAGAAAUCAAGAAAUUUCUUCAGAAGCAUGAUGAAACUAUUUUCCAACUUUCUGAUGCAUUUCCUUUGUUUACUUUUUAUUUAUGGAGAGUGGGCAUUCUUUUGAACUCAGCACAGAUAGAAACUCUUAAAAAUAACUCCAUUCCUUAGCAAUUUACCACGUUUGAAGCAUAAUAAAGUAGAAUAUAUGAAAAAUCUCAUACUGAAAAGAUUUUCAACAGUAUUUUAAUUAGCAUUUUAGAAUUGAUCUCUAAAUAUAAUUGUCAGUUCAACUUAAUGGUUAGUCUUAAAUUGUAUGAAAUUUUAUGAGUCAUAUUUCUAUACUAAAAUCAGCCAGUUUCAGUUGGUAAUGCCAUCCUUAUUCCCAUGUAACUGUAUCUUAUUUCACUCAAAAUAGUUUAGCUCUAUUAUUCUGUCAAAUGGACCAUUAAUUGUCUGUCUGUCUCUUAAAAGAUGAUAUUGAAGUUGUAAAAGAUUUCCAUGUAAUUGAUGCUAAAUGGUAAUCAAAGAGAUUUUUAAAGUUUAGUUGCAUUAUCAACACAAAGUGUUGGAAUAUAAGUGGUCAUAAAUGCAAUUUUUAAAACUUUUUUUCUUACACAGUUGAACUUAUAUCAUUGCUUUCAUCUUAGACGAGAAUCAUAUAGAAGUAGAACUUUUUUAACAUUUGGAAACUUAAUUGCUUUUUAUUUCAAUUUCAUAUGGCUAAUACAUUUGUCGAGCUCUUUUGAAAAUACUAUUAGUUGUUUAAAAUGUUCUUUGUUUUUCAACAAAUACUUGUCUCAAUUCUGUUAAUUAAAUAUGUUAUAAUAGUCUUGUAAUUGUUAAAUAGUAUACAGUUAAGUCACUAGAGAUACUUUAUAAAUUCUAAUAUCCAUCUAAAAAUGAAAUUUAUAGUUAUUUGGUUGAAUUUUUCGGUUAUACAAUUUCAUUGACUUCAUUUCAAUGAUUAAAAUCAUAACCACAAACUUAAUGAACAUAUGUUACGUUUCCUAUAGUGCCAUUUAGGGAACACAAAAUAUAAAUUUCCUUUAUUAAUGAUAUGUGAUAGUGUUUCAUAAGUUAAUUAGCAUUCUCAUAAGUUAAUUAGCAUUCCUAAAUGUCAUUGGCAUUAAAAGUAAUCUUGCUAAUUCCAUCUACAGUGUAUACACAAUUAUGUCAUCUGGCACAAUUAUCUUUGGAAUUAUUUCUAGCAUUUUUGAAAAGAUAAUGCCUUUUUGAUAAUCCUGAAACUACAUGUAUGUCAGUCAGCUUUUGUUAUGUAACAGAUAACCAUAAAAUAUCAGUGGCAUACAACAAUAAUAUUUCUCAGAUAUAUGCAGGUCACUCAAGGAUCAGCUGAUUUGGACUGGACUUUAAUGAAAAGCUCUGCUCAGAUUGCACAUACCACAGGAGUAGGUUUCUUGCUAAAAGUCAGGCUUUCUUCUCUUCCACAUGUGCAUAUUCUGAGAACCAGACUUGAGGGGAAGUGGCUUCUCAGUGGAAGCUCCUUUCAUGGCAGUGGCAGUUGAGCAAGACGAAAGGCUAGGCUGAGAAAUGUCACAUUAGCACUUCCAUCCACAUGCAUUGUCAAAGUACAUCAAAUGGUCAAGCCCAAAGAAAAGUGACAGGGUAGUAGACUUCACCUUGAGUGGGAGAACUUGCAGUUACGUGGCAAUGAGCAUGGAUGUAGGUAGGUAAUUAGGGCCAAUAAUUUACUUCACAACAAGUACCAGUUGAAUACAAGAAGUAUAUUCCAAAUCUUGGAUUAGGAGGGAUUUUUCUAAUGUCUGAUUCCUGUGAACACCUGUAAAGGCUUAUGGAAAUCACUUCAGUUGAUGGCAUUACACAAAAUCCACUUUCCAUGACACUUUCAUCUUCUUUCAUUGUGAUUAAACAAGAUUGGUAAAUACACAAGUAUCAGCAAUGGCCCUUUCCCCAUUGCAGCCAGCCAAUGUAAUGAUCAGCUAAGAAGCUUUUGGAGCUACAACAAAUUUAUUAAUUUCAGUGGUCUCCAAGGCUUCAAGGUCUGAAAAUUAGCCUAUGAAAUGUAUUUAUUAUAAAAGAAGAUGCAAGAUGUUGGGAUCACUGUGAAUGCACAAAAUGGAGAAACAUUUUAUUUCCAUUUGGUAUUCAUUUUAUAUAAACAUUUAACUUCCACCAAGUAUAUGAAACUUAAACUUUCAUUAUUCUGUGUUGCACUCUAUAUCAGAGUGAAUGGUGUAGUAAAUUAGUAUUAAAGUCCAAAUCUACUGGUCAAAAAGAAGAUAAAAUGAUAAAAUGAGACAUUUUUAUCUGUGUUUCAGUAAAGCACUGAAUGAAUGAAUGAUUUAAACUGGUAUUACAAUGUUUAAGAAUAUUAUAACAGUUUAUAUUUAGGUAAUGUCUAACUUUAGAAUUAAGGUUUUAGGGAUAAGAGUAAUGGAGUCAGUAUUAAUUGGGCAGCAUUGAAACUGGAUAUAAGAUAGGAUAGGAAAUAAAGAGAACCACAGAAUGAUCAUAAAAAUGAAGGAAAUAAAAAGUGAUGAUAAUUGCUAUAACUCAUACUAUUUAUUAUAAGUUAUAAUAAAUAUAUGAUAAUAUAUUUUAUGAGAGUAAAUAUAUAUUAAAUAUUUUAUAUACAUUUAUAUAAUAAAAUACAUGAAUAAGUAAUAUUAUACAUGUAUAUACGAUAUGUAUAAUACCAAAUAGCCAGGUACUUACCUAAGCAUUUUACAUAUAUUAAUCUUUUUGAUUCUCCCAGCACCUGUAUGAGAAAGGUACGAUUAUUUCCUGAAUCUGUAUUUUAGAGAUGAAGAACUCAGAACUUGCCUAAGUUCACAACACCAGGAAGUGGCAGUUAGGUUUCAUCCUGAGGAAGUCCAUCUUCCAAUUCCACACUCCUACUUUACUGCACUGCCUGUUAUGUGCAGCUCUCCUGGCACUUCAGGAAACUUUCACAAACACAGCUUCUUUGCAAUUGUCAUCAAAGCUUUAUACAUGCUUAACUAUGAACCUUAAGGCACAACAGUGGAAAUUACUACCUUAUGAUUAGCUUAUUUUGGAUUUUUUAACUGCUGUAAACAAGUUGUCCUAUCUAUAAGCAAACCAGAGGAACAGCAUCUUUGACCUUUUCAAGGUUGUAGCAUCUUGCUACUCAAGACUGUAGCCAAGUUACAGAUUGUCUUCAAACAAUAAUGUCCUAAAAGGUACAGAGCUCCCUCCAGAGGUGUUUAGGUAGACUGUGAGGCUGUAAUGAUAAGCAAAAUGGGGAGAGAAAACAAAUCUGAUUGGUUUGUUCUUGGAAAAAUAUAUACAAUUAUCUCACAUGCCUUGUACUUUUUAAUGAUAUUUGUUGUCUUAGCCAAGGUCAGCAUAUUUCAAGAGAGGCAGGGAAACAAGUCAUUUGCAUUUCCGAAAUUUUAUGUACAUUUACAGAUUUUCUGAACGCAAUAUUGUGGGGAAAAUAUUGACAGCUCUGCUUUAUUAUAACCUAAUUUCAUUUAUUCAUCAAAUAUGAAGCACCAAUUGUCUACAAACAAAUUAUUUGCAAAAAUAAAACAUACUAAACUUUAA